UUUCGCUUCUCAAGUCACAGUGACGUAAGAGGUGCCAGGCUGGAAGUACUAGGACCAGCAUUACAAGCAGGAAAUGGAUUCGGAGAACCAGAAUGUCUUCUUUGGACAGCAAGAAGAGGAGGUGCUGGCAGACAGCACAUUUCUUGGGGGCGAACAUCCCUUCUCUUUUGAAGUUCUGUAUGAGGAACAUGGCAAAACCAUGGAGGAGUGGGCACUUAAUGGACACUGCAACCUGCAUAAGACUGAGUCUGAAGAGGUCCUCAAUGUCAUUAUCAAUCCAAAUGAUGUCUACAACUCUAGUCAGGCACUAGAGUCUCCUUCAGAAAGUGACAGCGGGAUCUCAGAGGAUCCACAAUCUGACAGUCCACCGCAUAGUGACACUGGUCAGCUGAAACCUGGUGAGCUGUACCAGGUUGUCUAUGACAUUGGGAAUUUUAAUGGAAUGAAGGCACAAGAAGCAGCCAAUGCUGUGGACAUUAUAUCAAUAGAAUUAGAUCAGUGGAACCCUCAGAUGCUGAUCUCCGAUGCUUGCAUUGUGAAUGAGCUGCCAUCCAUCACUCUGAACACUACAGAGAAAAUAAGCCUGCCUGACUUAACAAAAGAGUUUCAGUCCUCAGCUGACUUAUUAGUGUGCCCAGAUCUACAGCUGACAGAAGAAGAACAAAGACUCCUGAACCAGGAAGGCGUGUCUCUACCCAACAACCUGCCACUUACAAAGGCAGAGGAGCGCAUCCUGAAGAAAGUUCGCAGAAAGAUACGAAACAAGCAGUCUGCUCAGGACAGUCGACGGCGGAAAAAAGAAUACAUUGAUGCACUGGAGAGCAGGGUGGCUGCAUGCUCAAUGCAAAACCAAGAGCUACAGAAGACAGUAGAGCAACUGGAAAAACACAAUAUGUCUCUUUUAAGCCAGUUGAGGAGGCUACAAUCUCUAAUCAAGCAGACAGCAACCAAAGCUGCACAGACCAGCACGUGUAUCAUGAUUAUUAUUUUUUCUCUUGCACUGAUCUUAUUUCCCAGUUAUGGUCCCUUCAGUUCUGCACCAGCAGUCACUGAUGAGGCUUACAAGCCAACAGGAGUUAUUUCAAGGAACAUUCUCACAGACCCUGAAUCUCUCAGGAUAUCUGCUUCAGAUGAGGAUAUCAUUGGCAGACCCUCUUUCUCAUCCUCCAAUGCUAGUAAAUUAGAAGACACUGUACUUUCUAAUAUCUCCUUCAUAAAGUCCGUCAAUACUGUCGAGAACAGCAGAAAGGAGAAUCUCUCAGAACGUGUUGUUAAUUCAGAGGUGCCUGUUGAGACAGAAGACAAGAACAAUUCACACCUCUUAGAGAACAAUGAAGAUUCAAAUCAGCUUGCCAAGAAUCUCAAGGAACAGAGCAGCAAUAAUAUGGACUCAGUCAAGCUAGUCCAUGCUGAUGAAAUGUGAACUGUACUGUAAAGAGACUUUUUUAAUAUCUUUUUGACACGUUCUUCGGAUUUAGAUGACAGAUACUGUAUGUGCUACACUCAAUUGUUUCACUUCAGAUGAACAGUGAUAUAUUUGUUUGUGAAGUCAGCAGCAGUGUUCCGCCAUGAAGAACUGUCACCCUUUUAAUUUAUUUGGUUUAUAGUUUAAGGCUCACAAGUGGCACAGGCGUAUAGCCACCUCAGAAGUACCACACAAAAACUGGUAAUUUAAAGCUUUAAUGUGUCUACCACAGUUUUCCUUUUACCUUUAUGUGUGUGGGGCCUAAAUUUAACUGCUAGUGCCAUGGGACCAAAAGGAAGAUUCUCUUCUUAGGGGAUUUUAAAUGAAAAGCAUUUAAGAGUUUCCUAUUUUAUUCUAUUUAAAUCGAUCCAAUUGUCUGUUAAAGUAUGUCUUAUUUUAUUCAUUUUUUAAUUUUUAUUUGUUUGCUUACAAAUAUUCACAAAUGCUAAAUAAAAUAAUGUGCAAGGUGGUGAGGCAAUAAAACUUAUUCAAAUGGCAACCAGAAA